GGGCAUCUCCAAGAAGAAGCAAAAUGAUAUUCACGCCAACUUUAAAUAUUCAUGUCAUGAAAAAGCACUUCAAGAGUACGUAGUAGUAGUAGUAGUAGUGAAAGUUCUACAAAUAUCCAACUCAUCAAAGAAAUUGGGCAAAGAUUCAAUUCUUUGACUGAGUGGCCCUUAAAAAUCAAAUAAAGAGCAAACAGAGCUGAAGUUUAAGAGCCCCUUCGAGUGCAGUUUCUCUUAGUGACUCUUCAACUUGCCACAUAAGUCAUCAAGUUGAAUCCUCCAUUUGCUUCCUCUCUUGGAGUUGCUUGUAAUGCUCAACUUACCUCUUGGCUAAUUACUCGGGGGUUUUGUUUUUUCAUUCCUUUUGGUGCAGGUUUAGGCUCCAUAUGCUUGUAUACCUAAUACCUUAAAUUUGUCUUCGUGAAAUUGUGUAGGUGUUAUUCAUAUUCUGAAAUGUUAGUGAAUUCUCUUUGCUCAGUUGAGAAUUGGGUUGCCUUGGGCUUUGAAUUCUUUCGGCAAUGAGAUAGGAGGAUUUUGAUAGAAUUCCGUAGGAAAGGAUGAAAAAAAUAGCUACUCCGUGUAUUUUUUCCCAGUUAAGUGGGUUGUGGUGAUCUUAUCCAUAGCGAGCGUCUUGUUGAUUAUGAGCAAGAAUGCAGCCAAGAGACAAGUGGUCGCACCCCUAUUUUUUUACAAAAUAAAACCGUUACUAUACUAGUAAUAUUUUAUUUAAUGUGUAUUAUAUAGGCCCGCCACCUUAGGUUAAAAUCUGACUUCGUGUCUGACUCUGAGAGACGGAGUUGGUUGGUAUCAAAGAAUUCAGCCUUUAUUUUGUUGAACUGUGUAUUGGUGUGGUACUGGAGGUGAUGAACAUGCGCAAAGUCCAGCGGUAUAUGGAGCCAGUUCUGGAGCCCUUGAUUCGUCAAGUGGUAAAAGAAGAAGUUGAAUUGGCAAUAAAAAAGUAUUUGAUCCAUAUGAAGCGGCAUUCUGGGAAAGAGCUUCACUCUACAGAAUCAAGAAGCCUACAGUUACAGUUCAUACCCAAAAUCUCUCUUCCUGUAUUCACUGGAACUCGUAUUGAAGGAGAAGACUGUAGCACCUUAAAAGUGGCUUUAGUCGAUGCUCUUACUGGAGAAGUUGUUUACUCUGGGCCCGAGUCCUCAGCAAAGGUGGAAAUAGUAGUUCUUGAGGGAGAUUUCGAUGGCGAUGAAGGAGGCAAUUGGACCCUUGAAGAUUUUAAUAACAACAUUGUUAGAGAAAGGGAAGGGAAGAAACCCCUUCUUACCGGGGAUGCCUGCGUAAGUCUUAAAGAGGGCAUUGGCUUAGUGGGGGAGAUCUCCUUCACUGAUAAUUCAAGCUGGACAAGAAGCCGCAAAUUUAGUCUGGGGGCAAGAGUUUUGGAUAAUUUUGAUGGAGUCAGAGUAAGAGAAGCAAAGACUGAAUCCUUUAUUGUCAGGGAUCACCGCGGUGAAUUGUACAAGAAGCACCAUCCCCCAUCUUUGCUCGAUGAAGUGUGGCGGCUGGAAAAAAUUGGGAAAGAUGGAGCUUUCCACAAGCGUUUAAAUCGGGAAAAGAUUUACACAGUGAAGGAUUUUCUGACUGUGUUCUUCAUAGAGCCCACAAGGCUUAAAAAUAUUCUUGGCACGGGUAUGUCUGCUAAAAUGUGGGAAGUUACUAUAGACCAUGCUCGGACAUGUGUACUUGAUCCUGGGUUGUUGUUAUACUGCCCUCCUGGAUCUCAGCAGAAAACUGGUGUGGUCUUCAAUAUUGUGGGACAAGUUAUGGGAUUGCUUUCGGAUUGCCAAUAUGCUCCUAUUGAUAAGCUGUCUGAAACUGAAAAGGCUGAAGCAAAUAACUUGGUAAUAGCAGCAUUCAAACAGUGGACGGAUGUAGUCCCUAUAGACGACGAGGCCUCUCUUUUGGAUGGCUCUCCGUGCUUGUUCAAUAAUGAUCUAUACUCAGCCGUGGCAGAAACUUCUGACAGAUCUAAGAGCUUAACUUCACAAAAGAUUGACAAGUUUGAAUAUCCACAACCAAGCACGUGCUCUCCAGAUAUCUUGCCUUCCAUUUUCUCCAUUGGGGGUGUAAAUAGUUUAGAUGACUUUGGCUUGCAUACCCUCGACAAUAUGGAUUUUAGAUUCGACCAACCAUUAAAUUUCUCUAGUCAAGUUGUGAGUCCCCUGAUCAGAGAAACAGACUCCAUUACGCAAGGCUUCUGUGAGGAUGAGAAUUUGCAGUAUUUUGACUCCCUUCAACCUUCGAGUUCAAGUUUGGGAUCACCGUCUGAUCUACACAGUGCUGUGAAUAGCUUUCUAUCGGCUCGAUCUACAGCUUAUGCUCAGAGGAGAUGGAAAAUGUUAUUCAGUGUGCUGAGGUGGUUCUCCAUCAAGAGGAUUGUUGCCAAAAAAACCCUUGACAGAGAAAACCAGAGACAUCCUUAACUGACCAUGGUGUUCAGUUGCAGAGUAGGAAGAGUUUUCGUAUGUAUAGGAAGCUAGUUUUUAAGAAAUGUCUUCAUUUACUUCUGCUGCCGGCAUCUUCAUUUACUUCUGCUGCCUAGAUGCCGGAAGAGGUACUUGUCUUCGGGUUAGACUGUACUUUGUAGUUGUAUAGGUGUUGUGAUCUUCGCAAAUAUGGACCAUAGCUCGAAGAUUGUGGCUGUGAAACCCAGCUGCAUAAAGUUCAGUAGCUUGAAUACCAUAUCUUCGUUUUGAAUAGAAGCACAGCCCUUGUUUUCUGCCAA